AAUAUGGUCGGAGAAGAAAAAGAAAUUGAAAUCCCCGUCGGCGAGAAUUGGCGCGACUCCAGAUCAAUAGGCUUUCACUGAUCCAUCGCCUUCACAAUAAAAAUAAAAAAACAUUUUGGGUUUAGUCGUCUCUAUAAAUUCACAGCAUUCCUUCUGACUUUCUAAAAUCACUCAAAGUCUUUCUCACUCAUUAAUCUCUUCUCUCUCAUUUUUUUGCUAAGUCAAUCUUUUCUCUCUCUCUUCCACGAAGCUACACAGCUCGCAGCAACAACAUCAGGAUGUUGGAGAAAAAGGUUGAGACUUUCAACAUGAACAGAGUCAUCGACGAGUUCGAGGAAAUGACAAGAAACGCUGACCAAGUCCAGAAACAAACCCUCAAAGAGAUUCUACACAAGAACCAAUCCGCCAUCUACUUACAAAACUUUGGUAUCAAUGGAAACACAACUGACCCAGAAGCUUUCAAAGCAUUGGUUCCAUUAGUCACUGAUCUUGAUUUAGAGCCUUACAUCAAAAGAAUGGUGGACGGUGACACUUCUCCUAUUCUCACAGCCCUUCCCGUUCCAGCCAUCUCCUUAAGCUCUGGAACUAGUCAAGGCCGUCCUAAGUUUAUUCCUUUCACUGAUGAGUUAAUGGAGAACACAUUACAACUCUUUCGCACUGCUUUUGCCUUCAGAAACAGAGACUUCCCAAUUGAUGACAACGGGAGAGCUUUGCAGUUUAUCUUCAGCAGCAAGCAAUACAUAUCAAAGGGAGGUGUCCCUGUCGGAACAGCAACUACAAACGUUUACCGUAACCCUAACUUCAAAGCAGGGAUGAAGUCUAUACAGUCCCUUUGUUGUAGUCCCGACGAAGUCAUCUUCAGUCCUGAUGUCCAUCAAGCCUUGUAUUGCCAUCUCUUAUCCGGAAUCCUCUUCAGAGACCAAGUGCAAUACGUCUUUGCCUCCUUCGCUCACGGUCUUGUCCACGCGUUUAGAACCUUUGAACAGCUUUGGGAAGAGAUCGUUACCGAUAUAGAAGACGGCGUCUUGAGCACCCGUAUCACCGUCCCAUCGGUACGUACCGCAAUGACCAAGCUGCUCAGUGGUCCUAACCCUGAGCUAGCGGAGACUAUACGAACCAAGUGUAUGAGUUUGAGCAACUGGUACGGGUUGAUCCCCGCGCUGUUCCCGAACGCGAAGUAUGUUUAUGGGAUCAUGACUGGCUCCAUGGAGCCGUAUGUGAAGAAGCUGAGGCAUUACGCUGGUGAGCUACCUCUUGUGAGUCAUGACUACGGUAGCUCUGAAGGAUGGAUUGCUGCUAACGUUAGGCCCAGAUUGUCUCCAGAGGAAGCUACUUUUGCUGUUGUUCCGAAUCUUGGUUACUUCGAGUUUCUCCCUUUGUCUGAAACAGGGGAAACAGAGGAGAGACCACCGGUUGGUUUAACUGAAGUCAAGAUAGGACAAGAGUACGAGGUUGUAAUAACUAACUACGCAGGGUUGUAUCGAUACCGCCUUGGAGACGUGGUAAAGAUCGUUGGUUUCUACAACAAGACUCCUCAGCUCAAGUUCAUAUGCAGGAGAAACUUGAUUCUCUCCAUCAACAUCGACAAGAACACUGAAAGAGACCUUCAGAUGUCUGUUGAAUCGGCAGCAAAGAGGCUAGCAGAAGAAAAGAUUGAAGUCAUUGACUUCUCAAGCCAUGUUGAUGUAAAGACAGAGCCAGGACAUUACGUUAUAUACUGGGAGAUUUCAGGCGAAACAGAGGAUGAUGUUCUUCAAGAUUGUUGCAACUGUUUAGACAAAGGGUUUAUUGAUGCUGGCUAUAUGAGUUCGAGGAAGUGCAAGACUAUUGGAGCUUUGGAGCUGAAAGUUGUCGAGAGGGGAACUUUCAGGAAGGUUCAAGAACAUUUUCUUGGGCUUGGUUCAUCGGCUGGACAGUUUAAGAUGCCGAGAUGUGUGAAGCCAAGUAAUGUUAAGGUUCUGCAGAUUCUGUGUGACAAUGUGGUGAGUAGGUUCUUUAGCACAGCUUUUGAAUGAAGUUGUGAAAUCAAGAAAAUUGUCUUUAUUAUCAAAUAAUUAUAGUUACUUUUGAUAUUUGAUUCAGCAUAAAGAGAAAAUUUUUUUAUAUU